ACUUCAUUAGAGAUAUAGGAGGAGACAAACUUCAACUUCCCUGAAAUCUAUUUAGUGAGAGAGGAAUGAGUGAAAAGGAGGAUUUGGAGCUGCAGUCAGGCAGCCAUUAUGACACAGUGACUUCUGAGACUGAACCCACACCAGAGACUGAACCAAAUGACCUGGUCGAUGAAGACAGUGUGAAAGAGCUAUGGUGGGUCAAGAUCUUCCCCUUUCUAUUGAAAUGGAACUGGCUGAGAAGGAGACUAGCUAAGAAGAAGGAUGAUAAGAAAAAGCGUGGUCAAUGGGACAACAGAGCCCAGUACAUACUGACACUGUUAGGGUAUGCUGUUGGUUUAGGUAAUGUAUGGAGGUUCUCAUAUCUAGUGGCUAAAAAUGGAGGAGCUGCUUUUGUCAUUCCAUACAUCACUAUGCUCUUUGUUGUUGGUAUUCCUUUAUUUUAUCUCGAAACACUUAUCGGGCAGACUCUCCAGAAAGGACCCAUACUUGCCUGGUUUAAGAUAUGCCCUAAUCUUUGGGGUAUUGGUCUAGCCGCCUCCGUAGUCACUGUAUACAUAUCUCUAUAUUACAAUGUCAUCAUGAGCUGGGUCAUACUGUAUUUCUUCCACUCAUUUCAAGAUCCUUUGCCGUGGGCAAAGUGUUGCGGAUUCGUCUUGAAUCUUUUGAACGAUACGAUCAAUUCGAAUUAUCUUCAUGCACACGAGAAUGGGACAGUGUGUGGUGGGACCUUUACGCCAUAUUCUGAUCUGGCAGGUUGUGUGAAUGACUCUACUAGGUAUUAUUGGUAUGUCAAUACGCUAGAGGCUAAUGGUAGUAUCAAUGAUUUCAGUGGGUUCAAUUGGAGGAUUUAUCUGUGUUUAUUUGCUGGUUGGGUAAUCGUCUAUUUGUGUAUGUUUAAAGGAAUACAAUCAACUGGGAAGGUGGUAUAUUUCACUGCAAUUUUUCCAUACAUUGUACUCAUUAUAUUGUUCUUCAGAGCUGUCACUCUUGAUGGAGCCGGCGAUGGAAUAAAGUUCCUCUUUGUACCUGAUUCUGACACUGUUAGGACUAAGUUAUUCCAGCCUCAAGUAUGGCUUGAGGCUGCCACUCAGAUAUUUUUUUCACUUGGUCUCUCAAUGGGGGCACUGAUUGCUUUAUCAAGUUACAGCAAACAGAACAACAAUCCGCUGGUUGAUACUCUCAUUGUCUGUUUCUCUAACUCUUUCACGUCAAUAUUUUCCAGUAUCAUUGUUUUCUCUAUUGUUGGAUAUAAGGCUAAUCUUCUGAAUGUCCCGCCACAGCUGGUGUCUCAGGGUCCUGGUUUGGCAUUUGUUGUAUUCUCACAAGCCCUCACUCUCAUGCCAGUGUCUCCUUUGUGGGCUGUUCUCUUCUUCAUUAUGCUCUUCCUCCUUGGUAUUGACUCACAGUUUGCUGGAAUGGAGUGUCUUAUAACUGUGCUCCUUGAUAGCAAGAAGAUCAGGAAAAUAAGGAAAGAGAUAUUGAUAUUAAUUGUCUGUACCUUGUUCUUCCUUGUCAGUUUUAUCUUUGUCCUUGGUAAUGGUCUUUACUUGUUUCAAUUGUUUGAUCAGUAUGCUUCAACACUACCAUUACUCUUCAUUGGUCUUUGUGAGGUUGUCACCAUCUCUUGGAUAUUUGGAGCUAAUAGGUUUCUGGAUGGUAUUAGUUUCAACUUGCAUCUUUACAUGAGGCGCUUCUGGUUCUUUGUCUGGACUUUCAUGAGUCCUAUCGUAAUGAUAAUAAUAUUCUUUGGGAGCGUUAUUAAUGAAAUAGUACAACCACUUCAGUACACUGUAUUUGAUACUGUCAUAAAUCAUGAUGGUGAAGAAGUGAUGGAUGAGUUUAGGCUCAAGUAUCCAACCUGGGCCCAGUUCAUAGGAGCAAUGAUAACCCUCUCAUCAAUCCUCUGCAUACCAACUGUACUCAUAAUCAGACUCAUCAUAUACCACAGGGCACGCAAGCAGCUCAAGGAAACAUGGCUAUUAACAAAGACUAGGUAUCAUUAUGUUGUUGAGAAGGUAAAGGGAGUUGUGUUCCAGCAGUCUUACUCUCCUCAAGAGAAUGAACUAGUUGAAGAGCCUCAGACCUCGCCUUAUUUCCACGCUGAUGAGGAACAACCAACACCUAUUGAUGCCCUCUCGGAGACGAGUGCCGAGAGUGAGGAAGACAGCAGAUUUCCAUGUGGAAAUGCUAACGGAUUGUCUUAAUGUUUUAACAGUAUUAUUAUGUUUUAUUGUGUGGAUCACUAAGGUUCUGGUUAUUGUAUGCAACAUGUACAAUUUCAAUGCAUUGAGUUAAUUUUAAUGAUUAAUUUUACAUUAUUAUAGCAUUUUUCUUUUAAAAAAAAAUAAUUAUGAAUUAUAUUAAA